AUUUUAACAGAGAAUAAUAAUAAUAAAGUAUGAGAGUAGAGAAAGGAACUAAACACUAUCUGAUCACUGAAUUAUGUUAUAAUAGUGACUAUUCUAAAAAUUUGUUCAAUUAUCAUCUAGUUACUUCAGCAAUUCGUAUUACAUACUAACUUAUUGAAAUGCCAUGUAUACGUGAUCCAUUUCCAUGGUGGUUGCCAUUAGCUUUAUCAUGUUCCAUUGUAUUGAUCACAAUAUUCAUAGGUAUAUUUCGUUGGCUAUACAAAAUUUAUUCACGACAUAAACGUCUUAAAAUUAGAUCAUCACGACAACUCAUACAAUAUAAACAAUUAUCACCAAUGUCCAUUGAUAAUCAACGUACUUUAAGUCUACAGAGUACAAACGAUGAUGUAACAGAUGAUUAUCCAAGUUUAUUUGCCGAUCAUAAAGAUGAUCAAGAAUUUGAUGAAUUUACUGAAUCUGAGGAAAAUAUUGAUUCAAUGCAUAAAAACUGUUCACCAAGUAGAUAUUUAAUAAAUCGUAAUAAGAAAUUACGUCGCAUUAAAACAAUGAAUAGUAGAAAACCUGAUAUAUCAAUAUUACCAAUAAUUAAGAUUAAUCAUAUACAUCUGCCUCACCACCACCAACAAAAAGAGCAACAACAAGAAGAACAACCACAUAAACCGUUAUUACACAAGAGUAAUAGUGUGAACUCAUCAAAAACACCUUUAUCUGAUUUACAAUCAUCUCCAUCCUGUUUGGAAACACAAAGUGAUACAACAUAUAUCAAUGAUUUUUUCACUGUAAAACCAACAAAUAAUGAUAUAUUACUGUCGGAAAACUCGACUCCAUCUUACUGGGAAGAAUCAGUUCAAUGCAAUUGGUUUGUUAAUUGGUUUAAGUAUACUCGUUUAGGUAUGUCAGCUAGACAACAACUGAAUAUGAAAUUAUACUGUGAACGAUUUACUACAGUUUCAUAUCCAGCUGGUAAAAUAAUGUUAACUAUCUAUAUUGUUCUCAGUACGGUCUCCUGGCUAUUUUAUGUAGUUGAAAAUAGAAAUAAUCCUCCUGUGAGUAUACGUGGUAUAUGCCAUACAUUACGUUCGAAAAUCCUCAGUUGGAUCAAUUUUGGUAUCAAUUUGUUCUGCUUGGGUUAUUAUAUUUUAAAGCUGUGUGCAGCUACUGAUCGGGUUCGUUUUGUUCUCAGUUUUUCUUCUCUGAUCGAUAUAAUUUCAAUCCCACCGGCUUUAUGCAGUGUUUUUGAAACGCAUCGUCAUAUUGACUUGAAUUUUCUUCGAUCAAUGUGCUUUUUGUAUUAUGUUGAUACGCUCACUUAUUUGGGCGUGAUAACGUCAAAUCAAGGAAUUCAGUCAGCUCGUAUCGUGUUCACAUUGUUCACCAUAUGGAUGGUUGGUAGUGGGAUUAUGCACGUGAUUGAACAUUUGGGAGAUUUUUGGUUGAAUGAAAAUCAUCGUGGUACAUGGAGUUACUUCGAGUCUUGUUAUUUUCUUUUAGUAACAUUAUCUACUGUUGGUUACGGUGAUUAUGUAACCCAUUCAACAUUGGGGAGAUUAUUUAUUUGUAUAUUUAUACCAGUUGCUAUGGGUGUUUCUGCAAGUUUUGUACCAGAGUUAUUUCGUAAUUUCAAUAAUAACUAUACUAAUUCUUCGGAUCGAUAUGAACCAAUUUCAGGUGAACGACAUGUUAUCGUUUGCGGAAAUUUUGAUAACGAAAGUAUACGAGCUUUUAUCAAAGGUUUCCUUUACGGAUGUCAAGCCAAAGGACGUAUGAGAAUAAACAUGGUACUUUUGAGACCGAUACCAUUGGAUUAUGCACUGAAAGCAAUUCUUAGUCCAUAUCAUGCAUGGGUUCGAUAUUUUGUUGGUACACCGAAUAAUCCACACGAUUUAGCAAGAACUAAAUUAAAAGAAGCACGAGCAGCAUUCAUAUUAGCCACACCAAAUACAAAAUUUCGUGAUGAUGAAGACAGCGCAAAUAUAAUGCAAGCAAUUGCAAUAAAGGCUAGAAAAAAGAAUUUACGCGUUAUUUUGCAGUUGCAUUAUUUUAGAAAUAAGUGUUUAAUGAAUAAUUUUCCACGUUGGACAUAUUUAGCCAACGAUAUGGUAGUUUGUAUGGAAGAACUAAAAUUAGGUUUAAUGGCGUACAAUUGUCUAGCACCGGGUUUCUCAACGUUGAUUGUAAAUCUUUUAAAUGCACAUGGAAGUAAACCAAGAAUAUUUGAAUACGAACGUUGGAGGAUAGAAUAUGAGUAUGGGUUUCGAAUGCAACUACAUGAUGUUGGCAUUAGUCAUGAAUUUUCAAACCUAUUUAUUAGAGACUUAGCUAUUUUUGUUUAUGAAAAGUGGAAUCUUAUUCUACUAGCCAUACGUAUCAAUGGGCUAGAAAAAUCUUCAAUGCUUAUAAAUCCAAUUGAAGUAAACUGUCCAGUGAAUAAUAAUUCAAUGCGCGCAAUAGUUAUAUCUAGUGAUUAUAGCUCUGCUUUAAACUUGCAGUAUUAUUGCAUAACAUGCGAAGGACAUCUAAUUGGUCAAUCAUGCAGAUGUAGUCGUCCUGUGUUAGAAAAAAGAAGAAAGAUAACAAUUGCUAGAGACUUAGCACUAUAUGAGCAAAUUGGGAAAGCCAGAGAAAAUGCUGUUAAAGCUGAAACAUGGUCAUAUGAUACUAGAUCUACACACUUUUUUCGUCAUUCAUUUACUGCAACAUCACCUAAUUUAUUACAUGAUACAAGAAAUCUACUAUUUGAUCAACCUCGUGGGCGAAGUGAAACAAGAAAAAUGGAUAUAAAUUCAAGAAAUUUAGCACUCCCAAAUAAUAUUCCAACAAGGUGUAUGAAUUAUUCUCCAAUACGAGCUCCAUCACAUUCAUCACAAGUAGAUCGUACCGGAUCAUUUCAUUGGGUACCAGAUAUCCCACUUACAAGGGCCACGUUGAGCCCAAAUCAAGCAGCAAGUCUGAAUUUUAACAGACAUUUCCUUGUAUGUGUUGCUGGAAAAUCAACAAACGGUCCUCUUAAUUUGGAGAAUUUCAUCAUGCCACUACGGUUCCAUUGGCAACGUGUUCGAGAUAUCGUGAUCCUAGGAGAUAGUCAUUUAAUUGGGCCGUUGGAAUGGGUGAAAUUAAAAAAUCUUCCAAGAAUAUUUAUCGUCGACGGUGAUCCAUGCAGUUUUAAUGAUCUACACUCAGUACAUUUAUGUCAAUGUAAUGCUUGUGUGGUGCUUGGCUACAGUGCGGAAGAGCCUCAUUCACAAUGUGUUGAUCCAAGUCUUCAAGACAGAGUAACAUUAUUGUGUGCAAUGAAUAUUCGAUCAUUAUUGCAAAAAGAACAACAUUUGGUUCAUUUAACAACAGAAUUACAUUAUGAAAAAAAUGCCUACUUGUUCAGUUCAGGUGACAUACAUGAAAAUGAUUACAAAUUACCAGUAUGGUUUAGUGAACCAUUUGCUCGGGGGAUUAUUUUUAGCAACACUUUACUAUAUAGCUGUUUGAGUUCUUUCUUUUACAAUGAUAAUAUAUUUCGUUUCCUUCGAGUUUUAAUUUCUGGACAGUCAACUGAUGAACUUGAAGCAUCAUUUUCUGUUGGAGCAGGUCUACAACAACAAGCAACACCACAGUCAGCUCGAAUGGCUGGAGUAAAAGUUUCUUUGAGGGGAUUUCGUCAUGCACCUUUCAAAUUCUUAACUCGAAUAUCACUUCGAAAGCCACUUACCUUUAAAGAUGUCUACAUUCGCUGUAUAACAUGUUGGCAGAUUUUAUGUCUUGGAUUAUAUAGAUGGCAAGAAAAUGGUUUCCGAUAUGUUAUUGCUAAUCCAAUGCCAGAUACUCAAAUUUAUGAAAAUGAUAUGGUACCUAUACGGUUGAAGAUUUCUUCCUAGGACAGGCUGAUUUUUAAAGUGAAAAGUCAAAACCUAUCAUGUAAGAGGAUACUUAUAAAUAAAUGCCUUUACAAUCCGAAGCAGUGUCAUAAAAUCCAUAAUGACGUACGCCGUUUAUGUAGCACUUAGAACCUCAUUAAGCUGAAAUAGAUUUAUGCAGUUAUUUACCAACUAAGUAGUUCUAACUUUCGUCAAAUUCCCAGUUGUCCGGGAAAAAACUAUUCGACUGUGUCAAACUUGUGCAAACAAUACGUUGUUGUCAUCUUAUGUUUAAGUGAACAGCUUUAGGAUUUGAUUGCUUUAGAGAUAAUAUACAUUAAGAAGCAGUACGAAUCAAAAAGUACGUCGCUACAUACACCUGCUUCACACUAAUUGAUUAAUAAUAGUUUUUUUAUUUCACAUGUGAAAAUGAUCAAAGUUUUAGGUCUUGUGGUUGAAAUAACAUAAUAGGAUUUAACUACUGUUAAUCACCAAAUCCCACCAUAUCAGAAUAUAUUGUGUCGUUCCUGACAAUGUUGAUGUUAAAGGUCACUUAUCUAAAAAAAUUUUACAUAUUAAUUGCACUUGGUUAUUAAGUGAUCAAACAGUCCCAACAAGUUCCACUAGUUUGUUUAUUAUGAUUCUUUUGAUAUUUUAGAUAUUUUCUCCAUAUAAAAAGUUUGAUUUUAUGUCAGAACUUUAAAAAUAAACAUCUGACUCACUUUAAGAAUACGAGGUUUUUAAUUAAUGUAAUCAAACUGAACCAAAAAUACAUUGUUAUGAAUAAAGAUUCAAACAGUGUGAAAAAUAUAUGAUCGAAUUGUAAAUCCCAGACAAAAGUCUCUUCGAAGAAAAGAAUCCAGGGACAGUUUUCAUGUUGAAAGUGGAUACUCAAUUGAAGCACAUUCAUUUAGUUGGUAUUAGUACUGGUGUAGUGUGGGUUUUUCGGCACACGCUUCUGACGAAACUAGGUCUAGGAUGAAACAGCUUCCUGUGACUGACAAAGUUAAAGUAGUAUUUGUAUACUUCUAGAAUUUUAACCUCCUAUAUAAAUCACAAGCGCAUUUAGUAAGAUGAGCUUAUUGGUACCAGUCUCAUAAAAUCCGCCUACACAAAUAUGAAGCACUCUCUUAGAGCCUUUGAAAUAUUGUAAUGAUUUACUAGAGUAUUAUUGUAUAAUGAACUUACUUGCUAAACUCCUACAACUCCCGUGUUUUGAAGUACUGUGUUUAGUAAAAUAAAAUUUACCGAAUUUCUCAAAAUUAGUUGGUCCAGUAAGUAGUUAUUAUUGCAGUGUGGUUUGUUGUGUAAACUUUAGAAAUUGGUUUCUAAUACAUUUGCCACAAAUAAAGUGAAUUUCUCUAUAUCCUAACUUUUUUUAUUUGUUGAAUAUUGAACUUGUAGAUAUCUAUUUUACAAAAACGGAAUGAAGUUCUAAAAACUUCACAUAAAAUAUGCACUUUUAGUUGUAAUAAAAUAUAUCCUAAAUAAUCAAAUUCGGUAGUUGAUAUAAUGAUAAGAUUAAAGCCUUUGAUGUAUGAGUAGGUCACUUUUUAUUUUUAUUAGCUAAAUUGGUUUAGUAAACACAAAUAGUUGUUAAUAUUUAUACACGGAAAGUAGUUUUGUGGUUCCUGUGAUUUAUGUUAUCAAUUUAUACUAAAAUUUAAGUGUACUUUGGAUGUUUAUUAUCAUAAAUAAUUACUAAAUUAUUUGGAACUAAAUUAUUCUUUAUGAAAUAAGUUUAAAAUAAAACGUCUAAUAUCGAAGUUCCCAUCUACAAAACAUCCUAAAAAGGGAUAUUAUACAAUAAAUAAUGCAAUAUUCAGUAACCAGUGAUUCAUUUACAGUUACAUUUAAAAUAAAGAUAUUACUAGCGAGAUUAAAACCUCUUAAAUUUGCUUAUUUUGGCAAGACGCUGACAUGAAAAUUACCAAGGGAUUCACAAAAAUCUACGUAGUUGUGACUCAACUAUCUGUUUCUACAACAAAUGGAAUUUUUAUCAAUAAGAUAAAUAUAGUUGGAAAGUUUGUAUAUUUUCUUGUCAUUAUGAAAACCACACGUGGUAGUCAAUUACAGCAGCUAAUCAGAUCAAAGUUUAUCGUAUUAUAUGCCUGAAAAUUUCAAUUAAUGUCUGUCUGACUGUUAUUACGAACAGUGUAAUUCCUUUACAUUUAAGGACGCGAGAGCAUACAUAAUUAACAGUUACUUUGGUGGAAUUAUUAUUAUUGUAACUCAUUGUAUACAUGUUAAUACUUUGACGUUAGAUUAUUGGGAGCAAUCAAAUAUGAGCUCUGGACCAAGCUUUUGUUCUAGCCGGUACUCAUCAGGAAGAUAAUGACUGGAGUUCCAGUAUGUUCAUGAGAUUUAAACUUAUCUUGUCCAGAGAUUUAGGCUUUAGCUUUAACUAUCAGCUUAGUUGUUGCUUGACAACCAAUUCAUACAUUCAGUUCAGUACUGUUCAUGAACAGCUCAUAUUAAAAACCUAAUUUUUGUUGUUUCCAUACGAUUUUCAAUUUGAUUUUGCCAUUAACGCCUUUUACUUUAAUUUCUUUAAAUUUAGUUUUAUUGUUUCAUGCCAAUUGAUCAGGAUGAUUCAAAUAAAAAUUGGAAAUUUUCCGAAGUUAUACAACCACGAAAUGAAAUUCACUUACAGAUACAACACCAAAGAUAAGAAGAGAAAACCCAUCAAGUUAAAAAAAAAAGCAUUUUGGCAGAUUUAGAAAUUAAAAAUCUUAAUCAGUGAUCAAUCUCGAUCGCAAACUCAUUAUUUGUAGAUGUAUAUUAGAAUCAUCCAACUAACAACCAUACAUGAACCACCCAUAUAUUACUUUCAAAAAUUUCCUUAGACACCAGUAAACAAAUUACAGUAGUGUGUAUUCUAACCAAGAAUAUAAUCAAUAAUUAAUGUAGAAAUAUGCUUCACACCACAUGUACAGCGAAAAUUCAUUUUUUAACACCAAUAUAUUUUACACUAAUAACAUUACUUUCCAUUUUUAUAGUAAAAUAAAAAUUUUCCUCG